AAGCAAGUCACAAGAUAUAAACAAAAAAUGAAUUUAAAGUUUUGACGGGGUUCUGGAACUAAUCAAGGACAUUGCUGUGCCCACCAAGGUGUAGAGAAUGUUCAAGGUAGAAUCCUACAUCACCCCAUUGCUAAUGGGCUACCUUGACAAGUAUGUCAAGCUGCGACAAGAGGAUUUUCAGCUCAGCUUGUGGGGAGGGGAUGCUGUCUUAAAUAAUUUAGAUCUGCGUCUGGAUGAGCUAGAAAAGGUGCUGCAACUCCCCGUGAUGUUUCAGAGUGGUCACAUUCAUGAACUUAGGCUCCAUGUGCCUUGGACUAAACUGGGCUCCGAGCCUGUUGUUAUAACUAUUAAUACAGUAGAAUGCAUUUUGAAGGUACGAGACACUGCUUAUGAAGGAGGCUCCAGUUCACAGACAAAAUCAUCUUCAGGGAAGUCUCUCCAAUCAAGACAAAAAAGUAAGAAAAGGCCCCAGCCAGUGGAAGACUUGCCACCAGGCUACCUGCAGACCAUAGUCAACCGCAUCAUCAACAACGUCACAUUUAUCAUCAACAACUUCAUCCUCAAGUUUGUCGAAGACGACAUUGUCAUUUCUGUCAACAUUAAAUCAGCUGAAUGCUACAGUGUUGAUAGGGAAUGGAACCGUGCCUUUGUUGACCUGGCUCCCGACGACCUUGCCCUUAGGAAAGUGUUGAACUUUGCCGACCUGACUGUGUGCCUAGACAAGACAAACUCCAGUGGACACAUUGAGAGCUACCAGGAGCCGAUGGCCUACCGCUGUGCUGUGACCUGCCGACUUCACAUGGAAUAUGAAUCCAUCUCGGCUAAACUUCCAAGUGUGACGAGACUAAACGUGUUCUGUGAUACAUUGAACCUGUCUCUAACGGACACCCAGCUGCCCCUGUUUGUCCGCUUCAUUGAGCUGUGUAUUGCCAUGUACUAUGGUAGCUUGGACAUCCCCGACUCUGUGGCAGGCAGCACAUCUGAGGAGCAACAAAGCUCACAGCAGACGGAGGUGGACGGAGAGACCACAGACAUUGACACAAAUCAAAAUAUUGACCAAUCAUCUCAAGGCUGGGCAUCGUGGGCAUGGUCCUACGUGCCCCAGAUUCUGCCCACAGAAGAGGAGCAGGCAGAAUUAGAUCGGCAGAUGGAGGAGCAAGGGAGGAGAGGAAAACCUCCCCCCCUCAUCCUCUCUAUAGGCUUUUACAUCCACCAUGGAACCAUAGUAUUCAAAAUGACAGAGAAAUCAAAAGAGAGUUCUGAGCUGCCCCACAAGAAGAUGUACUUCCACCCUUUCCUGAAGCUCUGUGUGGACGGACUGGGGCUGGAGGUCCUGCUUCAGGGGGUCAACUUCUGCAGCAUCCAGUGUGGCAUCACCUCCCUCAAGCUGACCACAUGUGGCAACUGUAUCUGUGAUGUCAACGACGAGAAGACUGGAAGGUGCAAUAUUCUGCUGAGCGGUGGGGAGGACCUUGACAACAAGAUUGGCCUGAACUACAUCUCCAACUCACUGUUUGAUGAUGUAUCCUGGGAGAACCGGGGUCAGAGGGCGCAGCAUGUGGUGGACGGGGAGGAACAUCGACAGAUAUUCACAGACCAGUACGCCCUGCAGAGGUUUGGUGCCUUCUGGGUAGACAGUCUCUACAUCUAUGAGCAGGAGGAGAAGCCAGGGGCCAGCAGUAACUCAUCUGAUUCAGAUAGCUCAGAGUUACUGUUCCUGAAGGAGUUCUCUACCCUUCGCUUUGUGUUUGGCAACACACACCUACAUUGUUCUUCAACCCUCUACCAUCGCAUUUCAAAGUUAGUUCACUGUGCCACCAACCACCAGUACCAACCCUAUGGAAGUUCAAAGCAGAGUUCAGCCACCACACCUGAAGAGCGCCCCAAGCCCACAGAAGAGCAGGUGAAGUCCCUGGAGGAGUUCAUCCCCACGACGCUGCUGCACAUGAUGUUCAUCAAGCCCACGGUCACCCUGCUGCAGACGGAGCACCCCUACUGCGACGUCACCAAGAAAAACUACAGGUGUCGACAGAAGAAAAGGGACACCAAGACCCCAGAAGAAAGCCACCAGCCGCCACCCAUUGCAGCCGUAGUGCUCUCAGCAUCCAGAUUUGACCUGCAGAUCACCCGCCCCAUGUACCCAGGGCGUCUGGUCAAGCUGGUCACCGCCAUAGCCGGACCCUCUAGUAACUUGCUACAUCAUUCCCACUCACACAUGCAGAUCAAGCUGUUCAGCCUACAAGCCGGUCUACAGCGAUGCAAUGGAGAUGGGACGGUGUCACGACCUUUGACCUUGCUACCACCCUGCAGCUUUGCCCUGUACCUGAGGUCCCUUGUGCUCCCAAAACUCUGGACCAACUCAUCCCUGCCACUGAGAGAAUGGAUGUACGAGAUCCCCAACGCUUCCAUCAACAUCAACAAAGCCAGUGUUCUCCUGUGUACCAGAGUCAUCUCCUCCUGGCUCAGCCUGAACGAGCCAAUCGGCUCUGAGCACACCUUGAAUGACUCCCUGCUUGAUGACCUGUUCCCUGUGUCAGGGGAGUCAACUCAACAAAACUAUCCAUUACUAGAACUUGGGUUAUCUGGUUUGGAGUUUAAAUCCUGUGAUAGUGCAUUGGUCAAUGCAUGUGUGGGGAGCCUGUCUCUGCUCCACAUUUUUCUCUACACACCUGGUAUUGGGGGUAAAAUGUCUGUGAUUCCUAUCCUGUAUGGACCCAGUGAUACUUCUAAAAUAUGCAGCCCUGACUUCUUCCAUGAAGCAACGCUGGACAAGGCGGAGGUCAGGUGUGACUGUAUUACAGCAACAUUCCAGAAGCCAAAACAUGCAGGGGCCAGUGAAGCGCAAGCUCUGGCUCUAGUGGACUGUCAGGGUCUCUGUGUCUGGUUGGACCCAGGAUUAAUCUCCUGGUUCCACUACUGCCCACAGCCCAGGGUAGGCCUGAAAGCUGAGCCAGUAACAGUAACUCUGGACCUGUCUCUAGCUCAGAUGACCUCCCCUUUGAAUGCUGUUUCACAAGCCUCCGUACGCUCCACCAGCUCCCCCUCCCACCCUGGUCUAAGUAGACAGCAGACGUCAGUCUCACAGCCUCCCCAAGGGAGACAAACAUCGUGCUCAGAGGAGACAGAAGCAGCAGAUGUGCAGACUGAAUCUCUAGGAAAGUUGUUUGCUUACUACUUCCCCCUCGUCCGCAUGCUUCACCUUCAGUUGGAACUGAAGCCCUGCGCUGUAUUCCUGCCCAAGACUGGGGUGCCCAACUCCGAGUCUAGCUCUGAUAUACUGACCAUCGUCCACCAAGCUCGUCAGGCCGGCCGUCUCUCCGACACACUGGUUCUGUGUGUGCCCACUGUCACAGUGACCAGCACCAUGACCAAGCCCAUGAGUGUGGCCCAGGAGUUGCCUGUCAGGUCUAUACAAGGCUCCCUCAUAGGUGAAAAACUUCCCUGGUCCAUUAAAAUCAACAACAUCUGCGUCUACUCGCUGCUCUCCUCCCGCCCUGACCCCCAGUUCCUGGUCCACCCCAUGGACAUCGUGUCCACUGUGGCCGUCACCUGCAAGUACAACCCCCCCACCUCGGAGAACAUCAGCAACAUGGCCAUUUGUUUACACGUGGACGUGGGUCAGCCCCAGCUGGACAUCACUCCAUCUCAGGUAAUGAGAGUUUUAUUUGAACUGAGAUGUCCACCCAGCUCUCAGUCGUGUGACUGUCCUUGUGCUUGUGACUGGACAGUGGCUGAAACAGCAGCUGAGCUUGUGUUGACCAUCAGAUUAGCCCUCACUCCACCUGUAACUGUCUUCACCAGCUCCACCUGUAACUGUCUUCACCAGCUUCACCUGUGUACCACUGUGUUUGAGAUGGUGGCCAAUGUUGUCAGCAACACAGACAAACUGCUCAGCGACUGCCUCAAGCUGUUUGCAUCAAAAGGUCACCAGCUGCUGCCCUCUGCCAAGCCUAGCCACUCCCUCAAGAAGUCGAGCUCUUCAGUCCAUAAGAUAGAAAGUGUUCGAUCAGCUGAGGUGACAGAAAACCCUGGGACAGAAAUGUCAGAAGACUUUUCCCAUGAAGGGAGCCCACUGCAUGAGAACAUCAUAGAGGACAAGCUCGAUGUGGGGGUCAAGCUGUCGCUAUGGUUACAGCUGAUGUUUCCACGGUUACAGUUUACUCUCUACAGCACAUGUCCACUUACUCACAGAGAACAAGGCCUUCUUUUUGUUCUGGAACAUUUUGACCUGUCCAUGGACUCUCAGAGUGUUUACAGCAAGGCCAAGGUCACUCUUGGGUCUGUGAGUGUCCAGCAUUCAGUCAAAAGCGCUGAUGGCACCUGGAACUGGACUGACCCAGACGGCAUUGUCCUGUCCUUCACGCGCCAGCUGCCCGCCAACCUCCACCUGGUCAGCAACAAGCUGUGGGCCUCAGACACCGCCGCGGUCGGCACCCAGCCCCACGACCCCGCCAAUAAGGACAAGAAACAUGGCGUCCUCUCCGUCACACUGACCAGAGCCCUGUGUAAGAACGUCAAGAAACGCCUGCGGAAAGCCAACGUUGAGUUACCCAGCGUCACUGAGGUAGACCUAACAGAGCCAUCUCUUACCGAGAACACGUCCAGCUUGAAGCUGGAGAACAUUGACUUCUGCUACCACCAGUACUUGUCAGAGAUCUGCGUCAAGGCGGAGCCGUUUGAUGUUGUCUUAAAACAGGAAGUCAUGCUGCUGGUUGCCAACCUGUUCUCUGGACUAUCAAAGGGAGAGAAGCGUGACAACAGGAGACAACCCAGCCCGGUCAAGCCUGACUUCCCCACCCACCCAGCAGGCACUAGCAGCAAGUACGCAAGUGUCCACAAUCUGCCGCUGGUGUACGCCGACCUUGGGGUGAUCAGAGUGUUCGUACCCUGCUCAAACACCCCCCCUGCUACACCACCCCCACCCACCCCGGCAGACCAGUCCGGCACAACUCCACCUAAUGACUCAGCUGAUUCUGUGUACAUAGACAUAGACAGUGCUGGGCUGGGAGGUCAAAGUUCAGAUGACCCCACCCAGAGUAGAGCGGCACCAAAGUUGACUGGCAAGAAGCGUGUGGGUGUGGUGGGGGAGACGAGCUCCACACUGAACCACAACAUGCUGGUGCUACAGAUCCAGAGCUGUCUGCUACAGCCACAUGCUGACAACCCACUGCCCAGGACAGCCCAGGAGAAAGAAGUUUACCUGUAUGCUGUCCAGUCAGGCCUGACCCACCAGCCAGGGUCUGUCAUAGAGGACAGACAGUACCAGCUGGAUGUCAAGGGAGUCUCUUGUUCCUCAGGAGUGUGGGAGGAUCUGGUGAAUGAGGUCAGGCAGGGCAAGCUGCAGAAACCUGCCACAGGUUCCAUGGUCCAGUUCCCUGCGCUGGAGUGGAACACCUUCUUGAUGGACAGUGUAUCCCAGAAAAACAAGGACAUCAGGCUUGUUCCCCUUGCUGCCCCAUGUGACUUCUGCCUGGUGGUGGCGCCACCCAUCACCUACACACCCCAGUGUGAGGAGCAAGACUUGGCUAGAAGUACCAAGCUAAUCUGCGGCUACACAGCUGAGCUCAACGUCACCUCUGACCUUGACCUCUACAUCAGCACCAAUCAGAUCCAGCUCCUCUCCGAGGUCACUGCCCAGUUCACCAAAAGCCUGUCCAGCCGCCCAGACCUUGCAGCCUCCCAAACUCUGACCGCCUCCCCCUCCCCCCUGCUCCAUCGUGAGGCGAAGAAGACACGCCUCCAGCAGGUGGAGGCUGCAGUGGACAGUGGUGUGGAGAGUGACCUUUCAACCCUGACCCUUGACCGAGGUCAGCUAGCACCAGCCGUCCAGCACCUGCUGGUCCCUGGGGUGCAGAAGACAGAGGCCCAGAGAGGGCUGACCGAGGCCCACCACCACGAUGUGGUGACCAGGGGUGGGUCACCACCUGCCAUGGUCCCUGUGGAUGUCCUGGUCACUGCUAGCAGGAUAUCCUGCACCGUCUACACACAUAAGAUACUAGAGGAAAGUGUUACUUUAGAAAUGCCAUUGUUUAGAGAAAACCAAUCCCAACCUGCAAGGGAAGAAAAGUCUGAUGUAAGGGACUGCACUCCAGACAACCUAGAAGUUAUUUUAAGAAAGGGGGUCAAGGACACAAACAUGGUUGAAGUUGAGGGCAGUAGAAGAGAAAGUGAAACAGGGAGCAGUGAACAUCAUGCUGAGAUCACUGAGGAGACUAAAUCCUAUUAUGAAGACAGUAUAAGGAAGAUUAUCCCUGAGGGCAGUGCAUGUAUCAUUCCAUUUGCCUAUGUGUACAUCACACAACCCCAUUGCCUGCUGGCAAGUCACAGCGCCAGGGAGCUGAGGCUUGAAGGAUCCUGCUAUGAUGUUCUUGUUAAAGGGGCUUCAGACAAACAUGUUUCACCCAUUGAUGAGUACCACACCAUCCCAGACUGUACAGACUUCAACGUCCAUUGGCUGGAGACCAGACCUGGUCAGCCCCACCCUUACACUGGCAUCCCCCCCUCCCUGCUGACAGUCAGGUUCACCAAAGAUUCUUCCAAUCCUGACACUGUGAGCAUACAGAUAGAGCGCCCCCUGUGUGUGAAGGUGAGUCAGCUGGCUGUGGAACAAAUCUCAUCUUUCACCUCCCAACUCCUGGACAUGCUGGCACACGGUGUGGGGGAGAUGAAGCCAGAACCCAGGGGAGCUGAGGUCAAGGUCAGCCAGACCAGGCAGCAAUCAGGUGUGUUGAGCCUAGCUGAAAGGUUUGAGCUCAGGUCUGCCCAGUUGGUUGUUGUUGUGGAGAUGGGGGACAGUGUGGGGGUCACUGGGUCCGUGGAGGGCAUGACCCUAGAAGCAGACGUCAGAAAACUGACAUCUGAUGAUCACCCUUCCUUUGAUGGUCAUCUCCAACUCAAGGACAUCUUGGUCAAGACAAGUUAUGAGAGAAAGUCCAGACAAGUCGUCGGCCCAUUUUCUCUCAACUCAGACGCAGUUCUCACCUGGGUACCAACUGGCAGAGACCACUUUUUCCCUCAGGUACUUUUUGUUGUGGAAACCAAUUUGAUACUUGCCACAUUUGGCCAGGAGCAUUUAUUUUGCAUCAAUGAGUUCAUCCAACAAGUCAACAAAUUAACACAGAAACUGAUUGGCAGCAACAAUGCGAUGAAAUCCAAAGAACAAGCUGCAGACACCAAAUUGCAAAAAGUUGCUCCAUAUUUUGUACAGGACAGAAGUCAUGAUGACCUCCGAAGUGGGGGGUUUCAGUUCAUAGAAGGGCCAGACAACUCCUCAGUCCUGCCGAGCCCAAAUGAAAUCAUCUUCAGCCAGGGUGGGGCAGGUGACAGCAGCAGCAUGACCUGGUGCUACCCCCACCCCCGGGUCCUGACCGCCAUCCACCUGAUACCUGUGCCGUUCUACCUGUCUGCCAGCACCCAGUCCCUGAACAGCAGCACUACAGGUGCUUCUACAGUGCCGUGUGUGCUCCAGUACUGGGAUGAGCUGAGAGAUGACUUCGUCAAUGUCGUCACAUUUCACCUGUCAGAGAACGAGCCAGUGACAGUUGACCUACCUGACACCCGACAGGUCAACGCCCAUGAACUUGUGGCGGCCAAAACCUGGAGGGUCGUUCUACAGGAGGAGGGGUUGAAGAAAGAUUCAAGAGACGUGGCUGUCCUACCUUCAUCACUAGCUGCCUGUAUGUGUGUUGAUUCAGCUUUCAUCCCAUCCAUCAUACCAGCACUCAAGUUUUCCAUCACCAUCCCAGAGCUGGAGGUUCACUUGUGUCACCACCUCAAGUACAAUAGCACAGGUGAGUCAUGUCACCACCUCAAGUACAAUGGCACAGGUGAGUCACGUCACCACCUCAAGUACAAUGGCACAGGUGAGUCAUGUCACCACAAUGGCACAGGUGAGUCAUGUCACCACCUCAAGUACAAUGGCACAGGUGAGUCAUGUCACCGCCUCAAGUACAAUGGCACAGGUGAGUUACGUCACCACCUCAAGUACAAUGGCACAGGUGAGUCAUGUCACCACCCCAAGUACAAUGGCACAGGUGAGUCAUGUCACCACCUCAAGUACAAUGGCACAGGUGAGUCAUGUCACCACCUCAAGUACAAUGGCACAGGUGAGUUACGUCACCACCUCAAGUACAAUGGCACAGGUGAGUCAUGUCACCACCCCAAGUACAAUGGCACAGGUGAGUCACGUCACCACCUCAAGUACAAUGGCACAGGUGAGUCAUGUCACCACCUCAAGUACAAUGGCACAGGCGAGUCACGUCACCACCUCAAGUACAAUGGCACAGGUGAGUCAUGUCACCACCCCAAGUACAAUGGCACAGGUGAGUCAUGUCACCACCCCAAGUACAAUGGCACAGGUGAGUCACGUCACCACCUCAAGUACAAUGGCACAGGUGAGUCAUGUCACCACCUCAAGUACAAUGGCACAGGUGAGUCAUGUCACCACCUCAAGUACAAUGGCACAGGUGAGUCAUGUCACCACCUCAAGUACAAUGGCACAGGUGAGUCAUGUCACCACCCCAAGUACAAUGGCACAGGUGAGUCAUGUCACCACCUCCAGUACAAUGGCACAGGUGAGUCAUGUCACCACAAUGGCACAGGUGAGUCAUGUCACCACCUCCAGUACAAUGGCACAGGUGAGACAUGUCACCACCUCAAGUACAAUGGCACAGGUGAGUCAUGUCACCACCUCAAGUACAAUGGCACAGGUGAGUCAUGUCACCACCUCAAGUACAAUGGCACAGGUGAGUCAUGUCACCACCUCAAGUACAAUGGCACAGGUGAGUCACGUCACCACCUCCAGUACAAUGGCACAGGUGAGUCAUGUCACCACCUCAAGUACAAUGGCACAGGUGAGUCAUGUCACCACCUCAAGUACAAUGGCACAGGUGAGUCACGUCACCACCUCAAGUACAAUGGCACAGGUGAGUCAUGUCACCACCCCAAGUACAAUGGCACAGGUGAGUCAUGUCACCACCUCAAGUACAAUGGCACAGGUGAGUCAUGUCACCACCUCAAGUACAAUGGCACAGGUGAGUCAUGUCACCACCUCAAGUACAAUGGCACAGGUGAGUCAUGUCACCACCUCAAGUACAAUGGCACAGGUGAGUCAUGUCACCACCUCAAGUACAAUGGCACAGGUGAGUCAUGUCACCACCCCAAGUACAAUGGCACAGGUGAGUCAUGUCACCACCUCCAGUACAAUGGCACAGGUGAGUCAUGUCACCACAAUGGCACAGGUGAGUCAUGUCACCACCUCCAGUACAAUGGCACAGGUGAGACAUGUCACCACCUCAAGUACAAUGGCACAGGUGAGUCACGUCACCACCUCAAGUACAAUGGCACAGGUGAGUCAUGUCACCACCUCAAGUACAAUGGCACAGGUGAGUCACGUCACCACCUCAAGUACAAUGGCACAGGUGAGUCAUGUCACCACCUCAAGUACAACGGCACAGGUGAGUCAUGUCACCACCCCAAGUACAACGGCACAGAGCCCCCUAGAAAGUUGUCCCUAUACCAAAUGUCACCUGACAUCUGUGACCAGCUGGUAUUUGCUCGCGUCAACCUGUUGAACACCACGGCCACUAUGUCUCAUAUUACAGGGAGAGAAUCCAAGUCCAGCUUUAAGCUGUCCACUAAAGCCAGCCUAGACAUCCUGGAACAUGGUCAUCUGACCAUGGACAAGGUACUAGAACCAGCUGAGCUGUCUCUGACAUCUAGUGUGUCUACCACUGGACAUAAACUUGAUGUGAAUGGACUCCUGCAGUCUGAUAAGGUCAAGUUGAAGGUUGGCAAAAGUGCUGUCCACACCUUAAAUAUGGCUGUGGCUGCUUGGACCCAUUUUAGCCCAACCAAUUCUGGUCCACUGAUCAUAUUCAGCCAUUACAUCAUCUGCAACAACACAACAUCGGCCAUUAGGUUUGGUCAGGCUGGCACAGAUGAAAACAUUUUGUUAAACUCAAGAGAGAUGUACGGCUACUCCUGGAGAUCUUACACCUGUCCCCAGCUGCUUCACCUGUGCAUGGACAAGCCCACCUGGAAAUGGACUGACCCAUUUCCCAUUGACAAGGAAGGUCCGAGUGUCCAGAGUGUCACUGCCAGGGACCAGAGCUAUGUGGUCAUCCUCAGGGUCAAGCGCCUGUCAGGUCUGCAAAUACAGAUCACCGUGUGCAGUCAGUUGGUGGUCUGCAACCGUCUGUCACAAGCGGUCAGCAUGAGGUUCAGCCAGUCUGGGGUACCCAGCAACACUGCAAGCAAAUCUCGUUCGAACAGUUCAGGUUUGGCAGAGAGCUAUGUGAUCAAUCCCGGAGAUCAUCUGCCAUCUAUAACAUCAAAUGAAGCCUUUCUCAAUCCUGUCCAGUUCCGAUUGGCUGGUUUCUCUGCUUCCUGGUCACAUGACAUUUUCCUCAGUGGUGAUAGGAUGAAAGAUAAUCAAAUGAUUAAGAUUGCAUUACCAGACGGGACCAGUUACUUCCAUGUUUGGUGCAGGAUUUUCUGUCAGCACUUUUACAGCAUGCACCAAAAGCUGGGCACUUAUCGCACUGCCACCAUGAAAAUGAUCAUGCUGACACCCCUGUAUGUGGUACGUACCCACCUGCCCCGCCCACUGUUCAUACACCUGAACUCACCCAAGCAGAGCCAGGAGAUGCUGGUCAAAAGUGAGGGCAGGGAGUUCCAGCUGCACUGUACUGGAGGGGACAUAACUCACCUCAUGUCCUUCAGGCUAGGAGCUGAGAUGCAGCUGUCUGACCCAGCUGUUGUCCUGUCCACUGGCCUGAUUGGUCAGCUGACCAGAGCACUGGUCAACACAGUAGACAUUGAGAACCUGUGUGAGCAGAAGAUGGACAUUGUCCAGCAGCACUGGCCAUACUUGACCAGGGAGGACGAGAGGGACCUGGAGAUGGACAGCAUAUCUGCCCUACACCAACUCUGUCCCCUUGACACCAGGGCUAAAACCACCUCAGAUGAGGACGACCUUGAACCCCAGCCUAGCAUUGACCUGAACAUCCGCCUGUCUGAGUACAUCCCUGGCUGUGACACACUUCUGGUGGAGGUGGCGCCCACAUUCCUGGUCCACAACGCCACCGACCUGGACGUGCUGAUAUCUGGGGUGGAGGGGCGGCGGUGGAGCAUCAGACCCAACCACACCAUGGCACCCCCUCUCUUGAAGGGGGAGUUUACUCUAGCUAUCAAAAACCAGAAUAGUCUUUCAGAGGAGAAGAAAAUUCCCAUGUCAAGUGAAAGCCAAGAUUAUCGCAGAUAUAAUGAUGACAUUGGGAAAGUUCUCUUUAUUGAUGGCUAUGUUCAUGUGUCCUUCACAUUGACCUUAGAGGAGUCCAAUCAAAAACAGCUUGUGUUUCUUGUGUUUCUGACUGUGACCUCUGAGAUUUGCCAUGAAAUCCGUGUGGUUUGUAUCCGUGAACACUUCUCCCUGACCAAUGAAACCGACCUGGCCCUGGGGGUCAGGCUGCUUGCCCUGCCCCUCAGUCUGGUCCCUGUCAAAAUGGCCGACAUGGACCCCCUGGUGUUGACCUGUGCUGGCAGACAGGGAGAUAAAUCUGGCAGGAAAGUCUCGAAGCCACUACUGAUUUGGUCAACAACCAGGGGAGAGAAGUCUGAUGAUGUAGAGACCAAGGACAGUGCAGGGGAGGCCACUUAUGUUUGUUAUCUCUCCUUCUCUAAGCUCAUGGAGCAAGGCUCAAGUGACUGGAGCUGGAGUCUGCCUGUAAGGAUUGUGUCCUCUAAGGACGGCCACAGGACAACCACAAGCAUCCCUGACCAGCACAGGAGUGAGGGGUCAGAGGUCACACCAAUCACUCACCCAGUCACUGUGGCCACCCAGCUGGUCAAGGGGGUGACCCAUGUUGUGUUGAUAACUGACCCGGCUCCCGCUUGCGUGCUGGAAAAUUUGUGUCCGUUCCCUCUUCAGUAUGGCCAAGCUUGUGAUAAACUUCUAGUGAAUGGGGCAGUAAUCCAGGAACAAGUGGAGCUGGUGGCUGACCUCCCCUGGCUUCCCCCUGGUGGGUGGAGUCACUACACACCCCCCAGUGUCAACACUGAGUUUGUCAACAGAGACACCCUCACACUGCCAAGGCUGCACUUCCGUGCCAUGGACAUACAGGUGUCUGGUGUACCUGAGACAGGUUUUUCUGAGUGGAGUUCAGCCACCCAGAUCUCAGGCAACAUGGAUGCUUUUGUACGUCUGCCUGGGUUCUGUGACCUCAAGGUCAUGAUUGAAGUGGUGGGCAUGGUCACCCAUCUCAUUGUACGUCCGGUCAGUAAAGCUGAAAUAACAGCCAAGGAGAUCCGCACCAGAUUAACUGACCACGGGACGGUCAAAACCCAGGCGGAAAAAUCUGGCAAGUUUGGUGCUGCUAUGGUGACCUGGGAAACGCCUGUCACAGAAGCGAGCUCUGAUUUACUGCUGACAGAAUCAACGAGCCAGUCGUCCAUCUUACAUGGGUCAUCCCCCUCCCAGCUUACACAGCCCAGACAUCCAUUGCCGUCUUCUUACAUUCGCUUCACUGAAAGAACCAAACGUGCAAUCACAGACACCGGCAUGAGCGUAACACUAGGCGCCUCCUGCUGCAGCUUCUCACUCGUCCUGCAGGAUGAGUCCAGCGCCGAGGUACUCACUGAACUGACCAGCCUGCAUUUUAAAGAUCUUUUCUUGGCCGCCUACCCUGUGUCUAAGAACCCAGAUGCCGUGGGUCAUGAGACCUGCUACACCUUCAGCGCCACCACCAUCCAGCUUGACAACCAGCAGUACGGGGAGGGGAUGUACGACUUCCCCGUGGUCAUCCUGCCACAGAAAUCAACAAGCGACACAACAACGCAGGCUGAGGUUUUGAACACAGAACACAUGUCUGUACUUGAACUUCACGCUGUGUUGAGGUCAAGAGCAUUUUUACAUUUACAAAUUGUUACGUAUUCUGACCCUAUAUGGCAUCAGUUUGUUAUAGAGACAGUGGAUGUGUCAGUGAAGCCGUUGUCUCUGUAUGUCGACGACAGCUUCAUCUACAGACUAGUGCAGGAGCUGGAGAACUUUUCUCCCAGCCGGCUCUCUAGUAGAAUGGAAGCCGUGGUCCCAGCUCCGGGUCGUCUGGACAGGAAGUUACCGGCUCUCAUCAGGCUGAACUGUUACACUCUGAGCCACCCAAUCAGAAUCAAGCAUUUCACAGUCCAGCCAAUCAACCUUCUGCUCAGUGUUCACGCCUCCCUGAAGCUAUUUUUAGCAUCAGACCACACCCCAUUGAAUGUUGGGAAAUUUGAGAGGGUGCAGGUGUUCUCCACCACACAGAAACUGGGACACGCUCUGGCCAUGCACUACGCCUCAGCUGCUAUUUUUAGAGCAGGUAUAGUGGUGGGGUCUCUAGAGAUCCUGGGCAACCCAACAGGUCUUGUGAGAAGUAUUGGAACAGGGGUGUCAGACCUCAUCAGUCUACCCUACUACGGCCUGACCAGGGGGCCUGGGGCUUUUGUCUCCGGCCUGUCCCGGGGGAUAGGCAGCUUGGUCAAGAAUGUGUCUGCAGGUAUGAUCACCUCAGUGACCAACUUUGCGUCCAGUGUAUCCAGGAACAUGGACCGCCUGUCCUUUGACUCCAGCCACCUAGAGAGACAAGAGGAGAACCGGAGGAACCGGCCAGUGGGCGUGUCUGACGGUUUGAAGCAGGGCCUUACCGGAUUUGGAUUAAGCUUAUUGGGAGCUGUAGCUGGACUAGCUGACCAGCCCAUGCAGACCCUGCUGUCCACUGGAGCACCGGAUGAGAGACGUGGAUCUGCAUCAUCCGCUGCCUCUGGCUUUGUGACCGGCAUGGGGAAAGGUUUGGUUGGGGUCUUCACCAAACCAAUAGGUGGCGCUGCUGAAUUUGUGUCGCAGACUGGUCAAGGUAUCCUCCAUGGCACCGGCCUGGGCCAGUUGCCAGCUAGACUUGACAAGGCCAGUGUUGUAGAGAGAUGUGAAUUGCCAGAUGGCCAGUUCAAAUAUUCUAUAAAAAUCUUUUCCUCCCUUCCCUCACCUGAACUCCUGCUGGCUGUCCCUGCACUUACCUUCGACCUGAUGGAAACUGAGGUCAAGGUUGUUCUGCUCUUGACCCCAGACGUCCUUGUGGUGGUCAACGUGGAAGAAGACGCCCAGCAGCAAGCUUUGGCCCUGACGGAGCUGGAGUGUAAACCCAACUACGAGGAAGGACGUCUGAUUCUUCAGUGGAAAGAUCAGAUCUAUGGAGCUUCAUCUCUUGAGCAGACACGCACAUCAAACAAAGAUAGAGUCGCAGCUUUUAUCGACACACAAAAGGUCUCAGAGAAACCAAGCACCCCACCCUGUCUGGAAACCGAGCCCACACUUCCAGCCAAUGGUCAGUCUGUGUCUGAGGUGACCUCCCAGAGCCAGCAGAUAUCCCGGCUGUCCAGCUCUGGCAGCCUGCCUGACCUAAAGACCUCGUCCGUGCCCAGCCAGAUGACCUCUGCCCCCCAGUACGAGUUCGAGCUGGACCCCCACUGGCAGGAUCUGUUUGUCACAUUAUUCCAGUUGACAAAAAAUCGUUUGCAAGGCCGAGGCUUCCCGCUUUAGAAUUUUUUCAAUUUGAAAUAUUUUUUAAAUUACGCCUAUACCUAUACAUACAUGUACAUUCAACUUUAAAUAUUUAUUAUAAGUUCCAUACUGGCAAAUAAUUUAUGAUAUUGACAUAUUUAUUUAUUUCACAAAUUAUACACUUUAUAAGCUGUAAAUUAUUUGCUGCAAAUAAGUCUGUAAAUAUUUGACACAGUCAGUAUUGUUCUGUACAUGAUGUUUUAAAAUGUAUGUUGUUAAAACUGUAUGUUGCCCAUAAUUCAUUGCAUCAUUACGUUGUUGACUUCCUGUUUCAGCAACCAUACUUGGUAAAAUGUCAUUCCACUGUACAUUAACUUAUGUUUUUUUACUAGAUUCCUGAAUGUUGAGGGUGCUCAGUAAAUUAUAUGAUCGUAUUAAAGUUUAAACUUUUUAUAAAUAUGUCCAUGUCGUGUUGUAUAUGUUUAAAAUUGUUGUGUUAUAUUUGCUGAAAAAAUUUAAAAUUUUAAAAUAUUUAAUUAACAUCACUCCACUAAACCCCCUCAAUCAAACGAGAUGGGCUAGUGUUUUAUCAGUAUUUGUUUAGUCUAACCAGUCUAUGAAAGUUACCAUUUAAUUAGCAUACACUGGUUUUCUGGUUUAGCCUCUAGAUUAGCUGCUGCUCAUGUUUAGAUAUCUCUAAAAGGUCAGCCAUGAUAGGCCAGAGUUGUGUGAAAAUUUGUCCUGAAUUUAAUGAUGUUUAAACUGUUUAGCAUGUCCAUAACAGAUGUAGAUCUACAUGUUAGGUUUAGACUGAAAUGCACUUUCUUUAAUAAGAAUACAAUUAUAGAUGACUUUGUAAGUCUAUUAAAGUAAGUGUGUUAAAGGUGUAUAAAGUAUUGAGGGAACUGAUGGUUUUUUAUGUGUUUGGUUUAUACUCUGGAUUUCAUUUCAUGAUAAUAAAAUUAUUUUAUUUUAAUAUUGGUUUGAAAAUGUUUAAGUUUUAAAAAGUUCUUUCUUUUCUACUUUUUAUAAUUAUUACUUAAAAUGCUAGCUCUUAAAUGAUGACAUUAUAAAAUCUGAUGAAUUGUCAUGUGAUUUUAUUAAAUUGAAUGAAAGAAUUUUUUUCCUAAAUACUACCUGGCAUGGGGUUGUUAACUUUGACAUUGAGGGAAAACUUGUAUGGUAUUUUUGUCAGGCUUUGAAUCAAAUUUCGAUUCAAUUGUUUUGUUAUAAUUUUUACUUCCAGUUUUUAAAUGUAUUAUUGCACCAUUGCUAGAUUUAACCGGUAUUGGUUGAAGAAGACUCUCAUCUAAUUUUGGUUUAAUUAAUUAACAAGAAUUUUAAUUGCCUUCUAAAAAAAUAAUGUUUGAUAAAGAAUUCCACAUAAAAAUAAUUAAUGCUGAAUUUAGGAAUGUUACAGAAUUGUCAAAUUUGCAUAUUAUUUUUUACCUUGAAGUUUGUUUGAGUCACCUGGCAAUAGAAGCCAGAAUUUUGGUGACCUAUCAAGUUGUGGUGUGUAGCUCAGUUUAGGGAGGUACCUCAACACCAGUUUAGGAAAGUAUAAACAUAUUACUUACUUAAUCACUCCCUGUGGAGUAUAGGGCAGUAUAAACAUACGUACUUCAAAGUAUGUGGACAUACGCUAGCUCUUCAGAACUUUGAACCUCCCCAUGAUCUUGACCCUUGCUAUGAAAUGUCAACAACUCAUGCAUGUUUGUGUUGUAAAGACAAAAAAAUUAUACACAACACUCCAAGUGAUUGGGUCUAACAUAUAUU